UCGCCCGGCGCUCCAUUGUUGGCGUUGCGUGUUGUUUUGUUUGUUUAUUUAAUCGAAUGCUUCUGUAUGAAAAGAAACAUCGCAGUUGUAUUUUUAAAUCAUUUUAAUUUGUAAAUUCAGCGUGGUGCUUAUAUAAUAAACUUUCAGUGACAAAAAGCCAUUUUCUGGAUUUUUUCGUCACGCCGAUUUAGUGGUGGAUAUUCAUGUUUAUAAAUAUUGAUUUGCUUUAAUCGUAUUUAGUACUAUUUAAAUUAAAAGUAACGGUGAAUGAAAUGUAGAUUUGGAAAUGAAGUGAUACGACACAAUAAAUAUGCAACAGAUGCUUACAAGUUCCGGCGUUAAUGGUGAAAUGCGCGAUGUGAGUGCAAGUGCUUGAGCGUGUUUUUUGUGUUUUUGUGUUCAAUUUGUUUUGAUUUCCACCAUGGACGGGACUACUGAAAAGGAUUGCUCUCCGCUAUGGAAUCUGUACCAGCAAAUAGUAUCGGACAUGAAGAACAGUGCACCGAUGUGGGAGGAGUUCAUAUCCAAGGCGACGAAACUUCACUCGGCUCUCAAGUCUGCUUUGGUGGCAAUAGCUGCGUUUCUCGACGCAUUUCAAAAAAUCGCCGACUCCGCGACCAAUGCAAGAGGUGCAACGAAAGAAAUCGGUACCGCACUGACGAGGGUGUGCUUACGGCAUCGAGCGAUAGAAACAAGAAUGAAGACGUUCAUAAGUACCCUCAUGGAGCGCCUCAUAACACCGCUGUCGGAGCGCGCGGACGAAUGGCGGCGGGGCUGCAACGGUUCGACGGGCGCGCUCAGUCGCGAACACGCUCGCGAAUGCAAGCGUGCGCGAGCUGAGCUGCGCAGGCGCGUGCAGGAGGCGCAACGCAACGCGAGGAAGGCGAGACGAGCGGCUCCCGAUGUCAAACGACGCGCGGACGUUUCUAUACAGGAUAUCCAAGAGAGAAAACAACAGUUGGAAGAAAUGGAGGAGAAGGCGGUAAAGGCAGCUCUGAUCGAAGAACGUAGCCGUUUCUGUCACUUCGUGUCUCUUCUAAAUCCAGUAGUGGAAAGCGAGGUGGCAAUGCUGGCGGAAGUUGGUCACUUACAAGAGGGAACUGAACAGCUAUCGCGACACACAACAGAACCCAGAAGUCUACCACCGGCUAGUCUGCAGGUGAUAUGCGACGUGAAGUCGUGCUACAGCGGUUGGGCGGAGAGCGAACCGCCGCCGCCGUCGCCCUCCGCGUCGUCCCGCCUCGGUAGCCGCAAGUCCUCGCUCACAUCCAUAUCCUCGCUCAACAGCCAGUGCUCCGAUCAGCAUGGCGUGUCCGGCUCGACGGUCAGCUGCUCGACGCCGAUAUCCAACGCGUCGUCCGGCGCCGUCACGCCCGCGCCCGCCAGCGAGUCCCGGGGAUUCACACAGUCGGCGUUCCGCCUGGCGAGUGUUUGCAGCGCUGACUCUGGGUUCCGUUCUCAGGACGCCCUCCAACGACCCUCGCUCUACGCUGACAAUGGUUCAGACAAUCAGAGCGUGAGCAGCGAAGGUAUGACGACGUCGAAGGGCGCUGACGACAACGACGACACAGUCCACGAUAUGCUGGCUAAUGUCGCGUCAGCGACGUGGCCGGACCUCAAGGACACGGCGCAGUUCGAGCGCGCCGCGUCCGCCAUCAUGGGCGGUCGGCCGCACACCAUUUCUGCGGGUACAUCGGACCGCGGGCACCCUCGGCCGGCGCUGAGCGUCCAUACGUUUACUGAACAGAGACAAGACACAGGAAUAUACGCGCGCCCGCCGCUACCCACUCGCUGCUCGUCCCUGGAGCGGCCAAUAGUCCCGGCCAAGACUAACGCCAACACCGGCCAGAGCGAGUUCAAGCCGACAAAACCCUCUUCGCUGCCGCCGCAUCUCGCCAAAGAAGUGCCGCAAGCGCUGUACGUGAAUAUGUCUGAGCUGGCGACGUUGGCGGCGUCGCGCGCGCAGCAACACAACGCCGAGUACCAGCCGCAGGAAAAGGUUUGCUCCGAGAGUAGCGCCAGCGAGUCGUCCCUAGAAUCCUCCAGCGGUUACGGCAGCCAAGGAGCCUUUGCUGCUGAGGAGCACGCUCACCAGCACCUGAUACAGCAUCAAGAUGUUGCCUCGGAGAUUGUGACACUGAGGCGGGAUAGCGACUCCGUGGCCGCGGCUAGAGAGACCUUUUCCAUAUCACUGGGCAGUCUGGAGGAGGCAGUGAGGUCGUUAGACGAGGCCACAGAGGCCCCGGCGUACGCGACCAUCGGGAAAAAGCCAGCGGUGCCCAAAAGGCGGCCGCUGUCUAUGUCUGCGUCGGCGUGGUCGCGUCGCGGGUCGUCGAGCUCGGGGGGCAAGCCGCCGCCGCCGGUGCGGCGCUCCUCGUCUAUAUCGCGACCGCAACGACCGCAGUACUCUCAGAUGAACACCUCAGACACAGACAACCUGCCGCCGCCGCCGGCUUUUCUGUUGCAGCCUGAUAACGACUCCAAUGCCGCGCAUCCAAGUAUAAACGUAGCGGAGACAGUGAAACAGCUCACCGAGCUGAAACACAUGCCCGCCUCGCCCGGACUCGUGCGCAGGCAGCUGCAGAACCAAGCCAACACUAGCCCAGCCAACCAGACUGGCCAAGCCAACCAAACCAGCCAUGCCAACCAAAACAACUCCCAAACGCCCAAAACUCCGAUGUCCCAAAGCCCGAACCAACUGAGCACAUUCCAACAAGCCAAGAGCACGUUCUCGUCAAAUACGAGUCUGAAUAGCACUGGGAAUUUGAAUCCCAUAUACGGACAGACGGGACACAGGAUUAUGGCGUACGUAGAUAAUUCUAUCUACGGCAGGAAGAAUAGUCUCAACAGCUCGAAUUCCGACUUAUAUGGUGCUACGGGCAUAUACGGCGAAUGUAAAGGUUCCCCGCAAGGCUCAAGCCCAUCGACACCCAGCUACGGAGACAAUAAUUCGUUCUCAAGCUUUGGCCCCAGGGUCUCCAACGACUCGCAUUACGGACAGACAGGCUUCAAACUACAACAAGAAAAAAAGUACGCCGCCAACUGUAUAUACGCCAUGCCGUCUGCCGCGCCCGCGCCCGCCAGCCCGCUCGCCACCCGCCGCGCCGCCUCCACGCCGCGCUCGCACAGCGCCGAGCGACCACGGAUAGAACAUGGCGGUCUCAUCGCUAGUCUGAGCGCCAAACUUGCGCCACAGUUGUCGCCUCGCACUAACCGAAGAACCAUUUCGACUAUCACACCCGCUGAUCCGCCCAAGCCAAAAACAACUGGCCCAGCGGCGGCUCAAGCGGCUUUCCUCGACAAGUUGUCGGCGACUCUCCAACAGCAGCGCCGGCAGUUGGCGACCGCGCGCGCCGCCUCCGUGCGAGAUCUCAUCAACGCGCACGCACAGCCCGACCCACGAGUCUGUCACACUUCGUUAAUGGAGCAAAUAAAGAGAGGAGCGACGUUGCGACGCAACAAAUACUGCAACGAUCGAUCCGCACCCAAAAUACGUUGAAUACCGCACUUAGCUUAACCGCCAAAGUCAAUACCAUGAUUCCAGCUGUCAAUACGAUGACUUCAGCUGUCAAUAUUAUAUUGAAUAUUAUAAAAAUGUUGAAUCUAGCUGCUCUCAGUUCAUAUUACCGUGUUGGUUCUUGCUGUCAAUGCGAUGGGUUCGGUUGACAUUGUGUUGAUUAUAGCUAUCAAUACGUUGAGAACGUGUUGUACGGCUGCAGUAAGUUUGUUCUGGUUUAUAUCACAAUGAACAUAACUGUCAAUACGUUAUACGCAGAAAUAUGAGUUGUCUAUACGAGUCGCAGGUUUGGCGGAGAUUUUUGAUCGCAAUCUUACAAUCUUCAGCGCUCAAAAUGUAUGUAUUGUGCUAUGUAAUAAUUAUUAUUGUAAAAAUGUGUUUUGUAUUUACAACCUGAUUGAUGUAUCGUCGUGGACUGGAUCCUGACUUAUAAUAUUUCAGUGUCGUAAUAAAUAUACCGAAUAUUGCUUUAGAUCAUGCAAUUCAAUAAAAUUCAAUUCGCUAUUGUUCGAUUUAUGCCUUUAAAAUAAUAUUAUACAAAAUGAAAUGUUUUGUUUCGAUUGUUUUCUGUACAAUGGCAUCAGACAGACGAUUUAAAGUUUAUUUGAAUAAUAUAAGCAAUAAAAUUCCAGUGGGUAUGAUAAUAUUAUAUCUGUAAUUUAUUAAAAUAUAAUAUCAAUGUAUAAACAAUGAUGUUACGCCAAAAUAACGGGAUGAAACCGAUUAUUCCAAUGGAUAUCUCUCACACAUUUUAUUCCAAAAAUGAUCGUAGAGGGUAUCAGUGUAUUUAAAUCAAUAUAUAUUUUUAAUUGCAAUUUGCAAUUAAUUAAUUUAGAUUGUUACGAAUAGAUCCUUCGAAAAAUGUUCUCUUUUCGACUGAAUGACAAUGUCAUUAGUUAUAUGACGACGUCAAAAAAUGCUUACUGUCCACUAAUAAAUAUUGUAAGAUUUCAUAAUGUUGAUAGAAGUAGGCAGCUGUUAAAUCUUUAAAAUGUUCUGAUGACUUGGAUAUUGUGUGAUGCCUGUGUGAAACUUCUUAUGACAUAAGUAAUAGGGGUUAGCUCACUGCGACAUGUAACGCCACGUGGCGCGGAUUUCUAAGAUAGACCUUCUUAAUUGAACUUUAUUAUCCAUACAAUAAGAAACACGUUUCAUUGCAAGAGUUUAUAUUUCCAGCUGCAAACUUGUGCGAUGACGCGUCGCGUUCCAGUGUUUAUUGACCCUUUUAUUAACAAACACGCCUGCUAUGUGUCUAUGAAAUAUGAAAUCCAACCAUCUGUGCAUUCGAGUACGUGGUGUGUAAAGAUUUACUAUGCUUAUGUAGAAUUAAAGCCAAAAAUGGAUUUUAUUAAGUGUCAACAUAUCUUUAAAAAUAAGCAUAUCAGUCCUUUAUUGAUUGAAGUUUUGUCGAACUUACUUCUCAUACUAUGUAUGCCGGUAGAUAUAUACAAAGAAGUUAUUUUCUAUCUUCAAGACUAAUUCUUCCGAAAAUUAUAAUAUAUGAAUGUCCAUCUUUAUACAAUUUUGGUAUAGCUUUUGUGGGUAGAAAAUGUGAAACAUUUUUGGAUAAAUGACGUCAUAGACACGUUAUACUUAUUAAUAUUGUACUACAAGUCUUAUAACUAUGCUAAUUAUUGUGACUGACGUUUUUAGAAGGUGUGUACCUAAUGUCCGCUUGAUACUGACCUUUCUAAUAUUUAAUACUGAUUUUUUUAUUAAUUUUAUUUACAGAUUUUAGACUACUUUGUGUAAAGUAAUUUUUAAAGUAUGUAUAAUGUAAAACUAAAUCGUCUUAAAAUAGAUAUAUAGGUCUUGUAAUGGGUUUAAAUUUGUAAUGAUAAAUGUUUAAUAUCUAUUGGCGUCAUCUUGUGUCCGCCAUCUUUUUCGAACUGUCAAAAUAUCUUAUUGAUACCAUAGAUUGCGUAGUUAGAGUAAAUGACGGCUAACGGUUAUUUAUUAUUUUUUUACGCGUAGAGCAAAUAUAAUAUAAUAAUAAUAGUUGUUCCUCGAAUUUCUGAAUUAUUUUCGAAUUUUAGCUUUUAGGUGUUUAGUAUAUUGGGCUCUGUUGAGGACACAAUUGGGAGUUUUAUGGCGAAAAUAAGUUGUUUCAGUUUUAAUUUAAUGCAAAUAUUACAAUGAUAUACGACUCGACAAUAUGGCAACUAAGAAUCAAGCAGCUUAACUUUUUAUUCGCAGCUCUAUAAGUAAUUCGUUUGUGAUAUAUUUUCUCGUUUAUUUAUGUAUACUAUCAGUAUCUUGUUAAAUUAUAGUGCGAAUCUGAAACUUCAAAAGUGUUCUAGAUGUAUUCUAGUUUCCUAAACAGUUUGCACUAUAAUUUCCAUAGAAGAAACGUCGCACACAAUAUGUUUUAUCAUGAUAUUGUCAUCAUAGCUUAAAAAUCUCUCAUCUGUCCUCGACUGCGAGUCCUAGAUGCACUGAUAUAAUAGACUAAGUGUGUUUAUAAUGUUUAGAUGUUCCCUGACAUAUCUAAAGCUUGUAGUCUACCUGGCCGACGGCCGCGGAACCCGAUCAAAAAGAGUUAAGCUUCCCUGCGAAACCUUGCCAAUGGAAUUAUAAAUGUUCGUAAUCGCGCGCAUAUAUCUGUCAUAAUGGUACUCGAUUGCAAAACGCUGCCAGAGUAUUUUUUAUAUUGGUACUGCCAUAUGGCCAAGGCAACUUAUAUAAAACGCGCGGUUCUUGGCAUCAGCAUGCACUCAGGUGUAGCAAACCACUAAAUGAUGACGAUGAUGCACAUUAUACAGUUAAUCGUGUGAGACAGUAUAUCCGCAAGUCACUUUUAUGGUCCGAGGCAUGAGUUAGCGAACAUUUUAUGACAUAACAGAAUAUUAUAGCGAACAAAACUAAUAAUCGAAUAUCAUGUAUGCAAUUCGACGGGCGUUCUUUUUGGUCGGGUACUGUAUAUUGAUGUAAUCACACUGUCCAUUUAUCGACAUAUAUUGAACUAGCAUUCAGAUGAUUGUUAUAAUGUGUUUAGUAAAGUUUGCGUAUGAUUAAACGAAUGUCUCUUG